CGCUUGUUGCGCGCACCCGCACCAGUCACGACAGUGAGCGAGUGAGACGCCAGCCAGCCAGCCACGCGCGCGCCGCCGUCUCGCCAGCCGGACCCUCGCCGCCGUCGGCUACACCAGCGCCGCGUCGAUCGGGUGCUCGGACGGCGUUCCACCUCCCUCCGUACAGGGUUCCUCACGGGGUGGCGCGGCGGAUUCAGCGAGCACGAUGGUCGACCGCUUCAUCGAGAUGGGUUUCCCUGCAGAGAAGGUCCACAAGGCUCUCGAGCAUGCUGGAGGAAGACAAGACGAGGAAGCUGUCUUGGAGUGGCUGGUUGCACAUCAGGAGACUGAUCUAUCAACUGACAUAGAGGGGUUCAGCUCGUCAAGCGAGGGUGUUGACAUGGCUGAUUUUGAUGAUAAGUCAUUAGGUGCAGAGCUCACGGAAAAGGACAGAAAAUUUCUAUAUCUCGUCGAGAUGGGCUUUGCAGAGGAUGAGGUCUCUUCGUGCAUCGACAUAUGUGGUGAACAUGAGUCGGUUGAAGUACUAGCUGAUGCAAUCUAUGCUGCACAAGUAGAUAAAAGGGAUGGAAGUUAUGGCGGAAACUUUGCUGAUCGGGAGCUUUCAGCUGACAAGGCAAUUGGAACUUCAGGAGGUGUCAAAAGAAAGCAUGUCGGUGCUCCUUUAGGUGAUAAAAGACGACCCCAUAACAAGCAGUUGGGACAUGUUGAUAGGGCCUUUGGUAGUGGACCGGUGGUGGGCUUUGAUCUUCCAAAUGAAAGUACGAGCACAUCUAUGGCUGAAGGCCCACCGUACUUCUACUUUGAGAGCCUGCCAUGUUCUCGACAAAGAGUCCGAGACGAGUCACCAUUUCUAGGCAAUCAGCCUGAGUUUGUAGACUCAAAGCACUUCUCUGUAGCAGCAAGGGAGAGAAGCUACAUUCACAAUCUGCCUAGACAUGGAAGAUUUCAUAUCAACCCGACACAACCAAGAACAAUACAUGGUGUUUUUCCGGAGACGGAAAAGUGGUGGCCUGAAUGGGAUACUAGGACACAGCUGAACUGUUUCCGGACGAUGACUGCUCCUGCAACAGUAUUUAAGAAAAUGAGAUUGGUGCUUGCAAAAUGUGAUGACCACCAAGUUUACCGCAAGCAAAUCCUUGAUGCAUGCAAGGAAUGGAACCUCAUUUGGGUUGGCCCGAAAAAUGUUGCUGCACUAGACCCUGGUGAAGUGGAGAAGGUGUUGGGUUUGCCAAGAGAUCAUACCAGAGGGUUUAAAAUGACAGAUAGGUAUUGGUGUCUUGGCAACUCUGUCCAGGUGGAUACACUGGCCUACCAUUUUUCGGUCCUAAAGGCGAUGUUUCCUUCAGGCAUCCGUGUCCUGUCCCUGUUUUCUGGCAUAGGUGGAGCAGAAGUGGCUUUGGGCCGCUUAGGCAUACACUUGAAAGUGGUGGUUUCUACUGAGUUCUCUGAAAUGAACCGAAAUAUUCUGAGGAGCUGGUGGGAUCAGUCGAAACAAACUGGAGAGCUCAUUCAGAUUGACGACUUCCAGCAACUCAAAGGCGAUUACCUUGAGACCUUGCUGAGACGAGUUGGUGGCUUUGAUCUGAUUAUAGGUGGAAGCCCAUGUAUCAGUGGAAAGGGGUACAACCUUGUAGGAAAGGAGUUGGAGCAGUCUAGCCUGUUCAGCCACUAUUCCCUCAUACUGGAACAAGUGAAGCAAGUCAUGAGAAGGAUGUAGCACCAAAUCUCGCUAUGUGAACGGUGUCAUAUCAUAUACUUAUAUAUGGAGGCUUAAGAAGAAGGGCCAAGGCCAUGUGCUUACUACCUUUGUUCCUAGUUUGCCAGAAGAGUUGUGUUAAUUUCUGGCCAGAAGAGACUGCUCAAGAAAAAGAAAAAUAAACUGUAGAAAUUAGAAGUACCAACAGUCCAAUUUGGAAGAUUAUGUGGAAACUGAAAAUGCCAUGGAAAAAAUAGAUCUUUUUGUUGACGAGCAGUGCAUGGAAUCGUAGACAUUAUUUUUUGUGAAUCAGCAGAAGGGGACAAUGCCCGUUCUGCCAACAACACGGAGAGGAUAUUGUCCAUUUGUUGUUUAAAUGUCAAUGUGAACUCGACCUAUGGAGCUAUAUGAGCUUGGUGAUAUUAUCCCCGAUGGUAUGGACUGAGACACCAGGUUCACUUUGCUCGCUGACUGCCAGGUUAUGCAUAAGUGUGCCUCCACGAAAACCCGUUGCGGUGGGCAUGGUUUGCUAAAAAAAUAUGAUGGGCAACUGGGCAAAGAAAAGUAAGAAUUGUGCAAUGUCCAUCAAACCUGUGUGUGCACCCUGGCAAAAGAUUGUCUGAAACCCUGCCAAGGGUAUAUGAAGUUGAAUCUUGAUGCUACUUUUAGUAAUGAUGAACAAACAGGUGCUAUAGGGGCCAUCAUCUCAGACAAGCUGGUCAGUGUCUUUUUCUAGAAAACGCAAAAGUCAUUGGAAAGGAGUUUGGUACAAUCCUCCUACCAGGUAAGUUUGUCAUGGCGACAUGCAAGUUGAAACCUCGUGUGGCUAGCUUGUUGGUGUAACCUGUUCAGGUAAUCAGACCAUGGGCGGAGGCAGCAGUUUUUAUGCAGAUUGUUUUGCUACAGCGGUGAUGUUCGGGGAGGUUAAGUUUUAACAUAGUCCAUCAUUUUCUAGAUCGGCGCCAUUGAUUGUACAAGAAUUUCACAUGGUUUUUGCCUUGCUGGAAAAGAAACCAGUGUUUUCUGUUGUUGCUGCAUGCAGAGUACAACAAUUAGUCUUCUCCUUGAUAAAGGUAGAUGGUUGUAAGCCACAUAUGAAC